CAUUAGAGUCUCACCUGCUGCAAGUGGUACAGCUAUCUGAAUGAAGUGUUUCAUGAUACAGCAUGUGACUGAUGUGGAGAUCAUUAUUGCAGCCAUUAUCUAAUGCAUAAUGCAAUAUAUGAGGCAGCUCCAUGACUUGAACUUGACAUAAGGGAGAAAUAAAAUGCCUAGGAUAGACUAGCAGGCAGAAGAUCAAAUAGGAUAUAAAGUUUUCCAUUUGACCUGCAGGAAAAGGCAUGUAGGGUCUGUGAGUGGCAGCAGUAUGUGGUGGGCGGAGCAAUGACUCAGGACAGGAGGCGGGACUUACAUUGAAGUCUGAGCUGGAGCUGCGAGUCGUUUGUAAGCACGCAGAAAAGUUUUGUGUUUCCAUCCAGAGGAAAGGUCGGCUCGUUCCACAGCACCAGGCAUUGUGCCCCACUUGUUUGGAUUAUACACCGACAGACUUCUGGGGAAGAGAAGGAGGAGGAGGAGGGAGAGAGCGAGGGAAGCGAGUAGUCAGCGCUGCGGGAUUUAGCCAUGGGGAGAUGGAGCUGCCUGUUUGUCGUGGGGUUCACUCUCAGCACAUUCCUGUUGGUCAGAGCUACAGAGGAGGUUAUCCCCAGGCUCACGUUACCGUACGGCUCACCAGAGAGAAGCUUUAAAACAUUUGAAGCAGAUGGAACGACUUAUUACACAACACUACUACUGAGCAAAGAUGGAAACACGCUGUAUGUUGGGGCGCGAGAGGCCUUAUUCUCACUCAAUAGCACUGACUUCAUGUCUGCUGAAUAUCACUCAAAAAUUGCAUGGCAGGCAGAUGAGGAAAAGAAGAAAGAAUGUGCUUUUAAGGGAAAAGACCCACAGAGGGAUUGUCAGAACUACAUAAAGAUCCUCCUGCAGCUGAAUAGCACACACCUGUACACUUGUGGGACCUUUGCUUUCAGCCCUACCUGCACCUACAUUAAAAUCCAUGAUUUCUCUCUGGAAAAGAAUGCUUCAGGGCACCCAGUUUUGGAAGAUGGGAAAGUGAGGUGUCCUUUUGACCCAGAAUAUAACUCAACAGCCAUCAUGGUUGACGGAGAGAUGUAUGCUGGCACCGUCAGUAACUUCCAAGGGAAUGAACCCAUCAUCUACAAGAGCCACGACAGCAGGAUAACUCUGAAAACUGAGAACUCCCUGUACUGGCUGCAAGACCCUGCUUUUGUUGGUUCAGCAUAUAUUCAGGAGAGCCUUCCCAAAGGGAAUCGAGUGGGUGAUGAUGACAAGAUCUACUUCUUCUUCAGUGAAACUGGAAAGGAGUUUGAUUUUUUCGAGAACACUAUUGUUUCUAGGAUCGCCCGGGUGUGCAAGGGAGACCUUGGAGGUGAGCGUGUCCUGCAGAGACGCUGGACAACGUUCCUGAAAGCUCAGCUCAUUUGCUCUUGCCCGGGUGACGGUUUCCCCUUCAAUGUUCUUAAAGACAUGUUUGUACUAACACCAGGGGUUGAGCACUGGAAUACCACCAUUUUUUAUGGAGUCUUCACAUCCCAGUGGAACAAGGGAGGAGCGGGCAGCUCUGCUGUGUGUGCAUUCUCUAUGGAGGAGGUGCAGAACGCCUUCAACGGGCUUUUCAAGGAGGUGAACCGUGAGACCCAGCAGUGGUACACCUACACUAACUCUGUACCGGAGCCACGUCCUGGAGCUUGCAUUACCAACAAUGCAAGGAACAGGAAAAUCAAUUCCUCUCUGCAGAUGCCUGACAAAGUCCUGAACUUCGUCAAGGAUCAUUUCCUGAUGGACGGUGCCAUAAGGAGCCAGCCCUUGCUGCUGCAAUCCCAAAUUCGUUAUCAGCAGAUCAGUGUACAGCGAGUCAGGGGGCUGAAGAAAACCUAUGAUGUCCUGUUCUUGGGAACAGAUGAUGGCAGAUUACACAAAGCCGUGAGUGUAAAUAAAAUGGUUCACAUCAUUGAGGAGAUCAAGCUUUUUCAGGAUAUGCAGCCAGUACAAGAGCUACUGUUAGAUCCCAGCAAGGGCCUCAUUUAUGCCUCUUCACGUUCUGCGGUGGUGCAAGUUCCAGUGUCUAACUGCAGCAUGUACAGGAGCUGUGGGGAAUGCAUCCUCUCUCGCGAUCCUUAUUGUGCAUGGAGCAAGAAAGGUUGUCACAGUGUCCCGCAUCAUACACAUGACACAAAAAAACAACACUGGGUUCAAGAUAUCGAAGAUGCAAACACAGAUGCACACUGCAAGCAAAAUAACAACUCAGAAGCUGUUGGCCGUCCUGCUAAGCCUGAUGAACCAGAAUGUCUGAUAAUCUCAAUGGAAUCGAAUUCAGCGGAUACACUCCCUUGCAAGCUCUUAUCAAACUUGGCAUCACGUGUAUGGAUGCACAAUGGGAAAGAGAUAGACUCUUCAUACUUUGUGUUGCCCAGUGGUGACCUGAUUCUAGUGAGUAGCCCUGACCGGGUGGGAACAUACGAGUGCUGGUCGGUGGAGGAAGACUUCAGGAAGUUAAUGGUGAGGUAUUGUGUGGGAACACAAGAAGGGAUAAAGGCUUCUACCCAAAGAACAGAAACUGAAAGGCUAGUUCCAAAGAUUGAAAAAGUUGUCAACGCCUCGUCUGCUUCCUCAUCGUCUGAGAGCCAUUCGGCCAAGCUGACGGGAAAGUCUUACUGGAUGGAGUUUGUAAUUAUGUCAUCAUUGUUUGGUGUAAUGGUUAUCAUAUUAGGCCUUUUGCUCUUGUACAGAAACCGGAAAGAAAUGAAGUCCAUUUUAAAGCCAGCUGAACAUUCUGAUAAACCACCCAAAAAGCUCCGUAAAAAUGGCAUGCCUGCAGAAAGCUUGCCUUUAAAUGGGACCAGUGUGCCCAGUCCAACAGCCGAUCACAAAGGCUAUCAGACUCUAAAUGACAACUAUAUCAUCAGCACUCCUCUUCAUGACCCUGUAAUCACAACAGAAUCAGAAAAAAGGCCAUUGAGUAUCACUAGAGACACAUAUGUAGAGGUUUCUCCGGUUUGCCAAAGACCCAGGGUACGUCUGGGCUCAGAAAUAAGAGAUUCUGUGGUUUAAGAUUCACACAAACUUUCACUUGUUUUUUGUUCCUCUUGUAAGGAAAACAAAACAGACAAUCCAAACAUACAGUCUGUGUUUCAAGUUGUGCAUGCUAAAGGACUGUGUCUUGGAAUGAAACAUUUUUAUAUUCCCAGCGUUACUUGGGUUUUACUGUUAAACAAGAAGCACAAAGUCAUAUGAAAUCAUCGUGCUCUCAUUCAGUCUUCCAUUUCACGUCUGCUCAACUCCAUCUUUUCCAUACAUAAAACAAGGCGGGACUGAAAGUAUGUUGUUUCUUCCGGCACAUUGAGCACAUAACAGCAAGCAGGCAGCUGGGUAUGGAUGGUGAUACUGUGGAGAGGCGCUGGAGUCUGGACAUCAGGUUUCUUUAGAGCCCAGAAUAAACUCCAAAGACUGAGAUAUUCCAAUGUUCUUCCUGGUACUGAAAUGCACAGUAAAGAGAGACCCUGAGCAAUGCUGUGAGCUGGUGUAGGUACCCUGAGUGGAGAAGACCCAUCAGUUUGACACAAAGGAGUUUGAAUAUGAUGAGCUGGUUACACAACAAAGCUCACACAAUCCAUCGUACUGGCCUAUUUAUCUUCUCUAAGAUGGGAAGCUGAGAAAGUUGAAAUGAUAAAACUUUUAUAACCAACGUUUUGUCUGCAGUUUAGUAGCCACCAUGCUAUUACCUGCGUUUGCAAAAGAAUGUGGAAGCUGGCAAUGGUGUUUAUGCAGCACAUACAACUAACUGUUACCUGCACACAAUAUUAGCAACUGAUGGGCAGGCUGGUUGUGUGUGGUACCCAAGUGUGGUACUAGUGUCUUUGAGUCCCCAGAUAAUGGAGAACAACAACUUGCAGCAUCCGUUUGAUUCUAUGUUGAAUGAUGUAGGGAGUUGUAGUUCUGCUGCAUCUCAGAAACAAGGGGUCAUUGUGUGUCCCAAAGUAGAUUUGAUACAACCCCUUCUCUCACAUUUGAAAAUAGCCCUUGAAUAACAAAAUAGUGAAUUUGUAUGUUUUAAGAACAGAAUUGCGCUUUGUGCAUGUAAAUAAGCUGCUGUACUUUCUAUUUAUUUGCACCUUUCAACCUGCUGUGCCACUGACACUCACGAAUGGCAUUUUGCUCAUUACAGAAGCUGCCUCCAUAGCAGCCAGAUCCUAAUCCGAGGUAGCACUGUUUUCUAUUGGACUGCCAUGCCUUACAUCUCUUCUAGUGCCUUCAAAAUAGGUUCAGCAGCAGCUUGUUGGCCUGCUACACAAUAAUACGAUCCUGAGAUGUACUUAUCAUAUGUAUUCUCAUGACUAUUCCUGGUGCAGUCCAGUAUUUUUAUUUGUCUGGGUUUUUUUCUAAUUUCAUUGCAGCAGAAAUCAUCAGUAUCACUGACUUUGAAUGCCAAUUAUGAAUGUGCUUUGUGUAUGUGUGUGUAUAUGUGUG